UGUGCAGACACGGACAUUUCUUCUAGAGGUGGAUGUGAGGUUCGGGGUGUCUGCUGGGAAUCAGGAGCGCACCCUAAAGCACUGAAUGGUUCUAUCCGGCUUAAACUUGUUUCCCUUUACUAAGUCCCUGUUUGUCAGCAAUGGAAACCGCUUGUUAUAUUCAGUCCCACCCGUAUCAAUGCAACGCGCUGGGCGCGGAUCUGUAUCGGACUACUCACCAGCACGGUCCCGCUGUGCCCCGCUCACCCAAGCCUGAGCCCCAGCGCUCUCCGCAGCAGCCCUGUAAGCUCAUAACAGACCCGCUGACCGGCAAGGCGUACACUAAGGGCAGGCUCCUUGGCAAGGGUGGGUUUGCACGCUGUUAUGAAAUGACAGAGGUUGCCACCAACAAAACAUAUGCAGUCAAAGUUAUUCCACACAGCCGUGUCGCAAAACCUCACCAGAGGGAGAAGAUUGUAAAUGAAAUAGACCUUCACAGAGAGCUUCAUCACAAACAUGUGGUCAAAUUCUCACAUCAUUUUGAAGACUCUGAGAAUAUCUACAUUUUUCUUGAAAUUUGCAGCCGAAAAUCUCUUGCCCACAUCUGGAAAGCCCGGCACACACUACUGGAACCAGAAGUGCGGUAUUUUUUGAAGCAGAUCAUUUCUGGGUUGAAGUAUCUGCACCUUAAAGGCAUCCUGCACAGAGACUUGAAACUAGGUAAUUUCUUCAUCAAUGAGAGCAUGGAACUAAAAGUUGGUGACUUCGGAUUAGCUGCCCGUUUGGAGCCCCCUGAGCAGAGAAAGAAGACCAUAUGUGGAACACCAAACUACUUGGCACCUGAAGUUCUUUACAGGCAGGGGCAUGGACCUGAAUCUGACAUAUGGUCUCUAGGAUGUGUCAUGUAUACCUUGCUCUGUGGCACUCCACCGUUUGAGACCUCAGAUCUAAAGGAGACCUACCGCUGUAUCAAACAGGUGAAAUAUACCUUACCAGCAUGUCUGUCCUCUGCUGCCAAACACCUUCUCAUGGGAAUCCUAAAACGCACCCCUGGAGAGCGACUUACACUUGACCAGAUUCUAGAACAUGAAUUCUUCACAAAGGGUUAUACUCCAGACAAGCUUCCCCCAAGCAGCUGUGUGAUGGUCCCUGACCUACAUCCUCCCAAUCCUGCAAAGAGCCUCUUCACUAAAGUUGCCAAAAGCUUGUUUGGCAAAACCAAAUCAAAAACAAAGAAAAGUCCCACUGAGGAGAAAGAUGAUAUUUCUAAGAUAGUCACAGGACUGGUUAAAACGUCCAUCUGCAGACAGCUGAGUUAUAAGACUGUGGAUGGGAAUGAGGUUGCCCCAGUAACUAGUCAUGCUGUAAGUGCCAACUCCAGUCCUGUGGACACUUUGACAGAAGAAGCUUCUGGGAAAUCUGUGUCACGUUCUAUCCGUGGCAGUUUGGUCAGCAGUAGUGAUGCAUUUGAAGACUGUGUCACAGCUUCUGGAGUGAUAGAGACUGCCCUUGCAGUUUUAAAGGAUUCUCUGUCCUCUAUGCCAGCAGAGGGGAAUCCUACCAGUCUGGCAAAACCUGAGCAUUUUGUCUGGGUUAGCAAAUGGGUUGAUUACUCUAACAAAUAUGGCUUUGGCUAUCAGCUGUCCAACCGCAGUAUAGGCGUUCUCUUUAACAGUGGAACCCAUAUGGUGCUUCCUGCUCAUCGCAGACAUGUGCACUACAACCUCACAAAUAGCCGCCAUUUUGUUUUUCCAACGUCUGCUGUUCCGGAGCAGCUGCAGGGUCAGAUGAGCAUUUUACAGUACUUUGCCACAUAUAUGGAAAAAAAUCUGAUGAAGGGAGGAGACCUUCCAUGCCAUGAGGAAGGAAGCCAGACUCCAUUGCUACUUUUGCAAUGGGUGAAAACGGAACAUGCACUGCUGAUGCUCUUCAGCAAUGGUACCCUACAGGUGAACUUUUACAACGACCACACUAAAAUUAUCCUCUGCAAGCCUCAGGAUGCAUACCUGCUAACCUACAUAAAUAGAGACCGUAAUUCUCAGACAUUCCUACUGAAUACUCUAACACAAACUGGCUGUAGUUCAGAAAUGUACCAUCGCUUAAGAUACACUGUGAAACUGCUUCAGCAAAAGGCAGAGUCCUAGAUUGGAGAACUAUUGCAUUGUGAAGAGUUUAUUCUGAUGGACAUGGGUAGAGGCUUUGUGCUUGGGCAGUCUGUUCAGUGUUCUUGCCUGACCACCCAUUCCUUCCAAUACCACUUCCUGCAAGUGCAUUGUGACUUAUUCACAGGCCAAUGACAACUUAAGCUUCACGUUGGAACCUUCUGAGAAGCUUUAAAAUAGUUGUCUAAUAGGAUCUGGUGUGUGUGUGUGGACUUUUAUCUACUUCUAAUACAACCUCCUUUCCCACUACAGAGGGUCCUAAAGCAAUUUUUUCAGCUGUAUCUGAAUCCUUAAUAGUCCAGCCAAGCAUGACAGAUACCCUCUCAUAUUGGCCUGUGCAAUAAUAGUAUGAGGAGGUUUUGCUUUUCUCAUGGUGAAUUGGGUAUAUCCUGCCAUCUAAAGUGCUUGUUCGUAUUUUAUUUUACAGAAAAAGCCCAAAUUUGAAUGGUAGCAUCCAGUGGUAAAUGCCUAUUUUGACCAACACACUUCUUGGGUUUUCAAGCUUAAAAAACGUAAGGCAGCUAAAUAUAUUUUUGAAUGGUGAAAAAGGGUGGAUCUUCUGAACAGGGUAUCGAAGAUGUUUUGCUUCGAAUGUCUCAAACCAUAUCUUUAACACUGGUAUAAUGGUGUGUUUAUUGUGGCCCUCCCCCACUAUACUUACCGACUACAUACAAAGGAACCAGCUGCUGCCAGUUUUGACUUGAACUCCAAAAUUUAGUGGGGGAACCUGUUUCUUUGGCCACCAGCUGCUUUGAAAAACUUUUCAGACAAAUGUUCAUAUUGACAUGACCAAAAUACCUACUUUGUGCACAAUAUUCCUUCUUAUUUGCAAUAUAUUGAUGUUAGAAUUAUUGAUGGAACACAAAGACCAGCAUUAUAUACACUUUGUGUAUGUGAAGAGUUUGGAAAAAAAAACACUACAGUUGUGGAUCAUUUCAAUUGAUACUAACCCUAUUCUGAUACAUGUAAUAUUUGGUUAUUUUAACCUAGUCUGGCAUUGUCCAGAUAAAAGAGGCAAAUACUUUUUGUCCAUAUGAAGGCUUUUGCAUCUCAUUUAUCAUUAAAUUUUUUUAUUUUUUUUUUCUCUGCAGUCAGUGGCAACUGGCAUAUUAGCAUUUUCUAUAAUGCUGAAAAGUAACACAUUUUAAUAUUGCAUGCACAGUAAGGGUAUGUUUUUGAUUUUGCUACACCUUGCUUGCAUUUGUUCUCAAAACCAUAUUCCUGGUUCUUAAGCAUUUAUCCUGCAAUAUGUACCAGACCUAGAAUGUUGCAGCUCAGAGGAAGCAAGUGUUAAAUGCACAUUACCUCUGUUGCACAUACACACAGACCCCCCCAAUCCCACAAAAUACCAAAGGUGUUUUUAUUUUUUUCACAUUACUUAUAAAGCAGCAUUUUACUUUUUAAAAUGGGUCCUCACUUAAAGUUAAAUGGAACUGAAGGAAAGUAGGUUGUGUGGCUCGGUGAUUUUUUUUUUUUUCCCCCUCAUUCCUACCAAAGACAUUUAAUUCAUGUGAAUUGAUCACUGUGCUUUUUUUUAUGGUGCUGAGUUUUUUUUUUUAAGCACUUUAAAAUUGUUCCCAUUUUAUUCCUCUUAAAUGCUGCAUAACUGGGUCUGUUUCCAGAUUUGCAAGUUUCUAAGAUUCACAUUAAAGCAAUGGAAUGCUGAAGUCUUCCCCCUCACCCCCAUGAAAGCCUGCUAAUUAAGGCUUUUACUUGAAAAUUCCUGUCUUGGAAUUCUGUGCAUUUGUUAAUGGUACAAGUCCCUGUAUAAUAUCGGGGUGUUAAGCCUGUUUGUUCUUUAUUAUGAUUUAUUUAUAUAUUCUGUUUUAUUUAUGAAGUUAUUUAUUUUUCUUGUCAAGUAUGUGAACCUGGAAGUGAAGUAAAUGUUUUUUUUUUUUUUUUAUAUAAAGUAAUGGAAAUAAACAAAUUCAAACAGCA